CGAAGACGAGGUGCAGAUGGUAGGAUUCCAGUCCGCACGUUAGACCGGGGUGCAUCUUCAUCUGCAGCGGAGCCGGCUGGAUAUCCAGGAGGGUCGUACGAUACGUCUCUUUUGGUGAAGUACGAGCAUCAUGUUGCUCGACAUUUAUGGUUCGGUGAGGAAAGAGGUCCAAAGAAAGAGUUGAAGGUUGCUGGACAUGGACUGAAGUUGACUUCUAGGGUUCCAUUGGCUCUUCCACCACAGAUGGAGAGUUGGGUAUCUAGAUCCGGUUUAUCUUCACUGCAGAGAACCAGUUUGAACAAGAUAGACACAAAUCUUGUCUCUGCAUUUGUGGAAAGAUGGCAUCUAGAGACAUCUUCAUUUCACAUGCCGUUUGGUGAAAUGAGCAUUACUUUAGAUGAUGUCGCAUGUCUACUUCACUUGCCCAUCAAGGGUAUCUUCUGGAGUCCUCGGGAUGUGACUGAAGAGGUAGCUGUUGAACUUGUUGUUGACUACCUAGGAGUGUCACGGGGUCAGGCACAGUCACAUGUUCGUAGCUGCAGGGGGUCGUAUUACAAGUUGGAGUGGUUAUACGAUUUAUUCGUACAACAUAGAGCUGCUUCCAACUGGGCAUAUGCGACUAGAGCGUUUGUAUUUUAUAACAGUGUUGGAUUCACGAGUACUUUCCAACUGUUGGAAAAAGAGGGGAGAAUUGGAAACCUGUUGAUAACCGUGGUCUUCCUCGAGCGAUGA